UACGACGACCCAGCCGGCCUGAUAGCGGCCUCCGUGAUCAUGGAACUCCUCGCAGUGGCGUGCGUGAGCCUGAGGUUCUACUCGCGGAGCUGGAAGGGCCAGGUGUUCAUUGCGAGCGACUGGGUUAUUUUGGUUGCUCUCAUCUUUGCCACAGGCCUGACUGCGAUGGAAAUCUACGCCGUGCAAGGGACAUACCUCGGCUACCCGCUGGGCAACAGCCUCGACGCGGCUGCUGUGACGGAGCGGAUCAUCAUCACCAAGCAUAUCGAGCUCGCGUACAUGCUCCUCGGGGUCGCCACGACGGGGCUCGUCAAGUUCUCCGUGUGCCUGCUCUACUGGCGGCUGUUCGCGCGCGUCAUGUUCCGGCGGUUCCUGGCCGUCUGGUGUGUUGUUGUUGUCUGCUGGACCGUCGCCUUCCUGCUGGCCGGCCUGCUCGAGUGCGGCUCCCAGCUGUCGGCACUGUUCUCCUCGCCCCAGGUCUACUACCGGUACUGCGGCAGUGCGGUGCCCGCUGGCUACGGCAUGAUUGCCAGCGACCUCGCCACGGACCUGAUUACCCUGGUCAUCCCCGUGCCCGUCAUCUUGACGCUGAUCAUGGACACCCGGACCAAGGUGCUGACGCUGCUGACGUUUAUGAUUGGUGCCUUCUCUGUUGGCGCGUCCAUUGCUAAGGCGUACAUCUACAUCGAGGUAGCGCUGGGUUCGUCCACCCAGGACGCAAUCCUGUCUCUCACCGCCAUCUCGAUCUGGAACCUCGUCGAGGUGCAGGUGGGCAUCGUGGCCGCCUGCGGGCCCACCCUCCGCGUCAUACUGUCUCACCUCCUGCCUACCGACGCCUUCAUGUCCCUCAUCUCGUCCAUGGGCAGGUCG